AUGACGACGGCUAGGUGGUCGCUUCGACUGCCAAGAGCAGUAUCUCUAGUUACCGCCGUAGAAAGGAGAGCACCGCAGCGAAUCGUUCGAAUUGACCAGAGACGAUGGCUUCCUCGAAGUCGACCUUGGGCGAGCAUACCGAAGAAAGGCGGACAAGAGAACGAAGGACAUCAGAAUCUCAUCAACGAGGGUGAACGACAACGGCAUGAAGUGCAAGAACAGCAGCCCGGACGAAAUAGCCAGCUUGCCACGACUCUCGCCGAGUCCGAUUCCUCAGACCUCGUCACAGAAGUGCGAAUCCCCGACGAUCCAAAUGGCGUUCUGCCUCCCGGUCAUCCAGCGCUAUCGAUACUGGGAAAUAGUAGCUUGGUGAUACAACGUCAGAUCGAGAUGAUGAACAUCAUCGCCGGGUUUGAGCAAGCAAACAAAUACAUCAUGAUGGAUGGACAAGGCAAUACACUGGGAUACAUUGCAGAGCAAGAUCAUGGUAUAGGCAGGGCAAUGGUGCGACAGUUCGCCAAAACGCAUCGAAGUUUCACAACUCAUAUCUUUGAUCGAAAUGAGAGGGAGGUUCUCCGGAUACAUCGGCCGUUCGCAUACAUCAACAGCAGGAUUAGGAUAUAUGACCCAAUACCAGCUGAUGGGUAUGGUGAAGGCGAGACGUCUACGGCAUUGCAAGGGACAUCGACAAGUUCAGUCGUGAAUCAAGGAGCCGUUGCACAGAUAUCGCCGUUGAAGCUGGAUGAGAUGCGAAUCAUUGGCGAAGCGCAGCAGCAGUGGGCACCCUUAAGACGGAAAUACAAUCUCUUUAGUUACCGAGCAAUCGAACCAGCGAGGGACAACACACUGAAGAUAGAGUCUGGAGAGCAGCCAUCGUCAGACACCACAGCCUUGACUGAGGCGAAAGCCCCUGAUGCGGCGAUCGAAGCUGGCAUGGUCCAGUUUGCGCAUGUCAAUGAGCCCUUCUUGUCGUGGGACUUCACUCUUCGUGGUGAGGAAGGCCAGACUAUUGGAAGUGUGAACCGCAAUUUUGGAGGGUUCGCCAGAGAAAUCUUUACCGACACAGGUGUCUACGCCUUGCGAAUGGACAGCGCAGCGCAGAGCUCUGCUUUGGAGACAGCAGCCGGACAGGAGGUUGCUCGAUAUGAGAGAGAUGCCACGGCGAUGACGCUCGACCAACGUGCCGUCAUGUUAGCAACCGCAGUGUCCAUCGACUUCGACUACUUCUCUCGCCACUCACAUGUCGGCGGCGGCGGCUUUAUGCCCAUCUUCUGGCCAAUGGGAGGUGGCGCCGCAGAAGGGGGAGCUGCUGGAGCCGGCGCUGGUGCAGCUGGAGGCGCGGUCGGUGCAGCCGAAGGUGCCGGCGCGAUGGAGGGUGCCGCCGGCGCUGCAGGGGCUGCAACUCGAGGAAUUGGAGGCGCUGCUGGUGUCGGAGAGGGCGCAAUCGCCGGAGCUGGCACAAUGGCUGGGUACGAGGCCAUGCAACGUGGAGUCUACGGUCCACGAGGCGGCGAUGAUGCAAGCCCUACCAACACUGAGCCGUUUGCUGGCGCAGGUGGACAAUCGCCUGAGCAGAGCGAGAACCAACCUGGAUCUGACGACGUAUGGGGGGAGAGCUCAGAUCCAUGGGGACGAGGAGGACCUGGUGACGGACCGCCGCCUAGUGCCGGCGGCGAAGGAGGAGAAGGAGGCGGCGGUUGGAUGGAUAGUAUUAGCGACUUUUUCGGCGAGUGA